AUGUCCAUAAUCGAGUUUAUCAAGCCAAAAUCGAACAAUGAAGGAAGACCAAUGCGCUUACCACUACCUAAAUAUAUUUUUGCAAAAACACUAGCACCAACACCUGUAUUCGAUGAAAUAAAAAGUGCAAACACCAAGAGUAAAAUUAUAGGAAUUGAUAAUCUGAAUAAUAGUGGAAGUUUUGGAGUCAUUAAUAAACUUGCCUGCUCAUCAGUCCUGAAGAAUUUCUUGCAAAAAUCCAGACGAGACGCAAAAAAUAUUACAAAGAUAGAUAAUCCUGCACCAACUCCACCUAAGAAUAAGACCGAAAUUAUUGUUGAUUUCUUAUCAAUUGGGAUUAUCUGCACAUGA